AUGUCGAUGGAAGCGUUCUCGCACGCACGCAAGCAGAAGCUUCUGCUGCUGCGUCAGCGUCGCAACGACGAACAGACCGGCCACGCCUCGUCGCGAUCCAACGAUGCUGGACUGCUCAUCAAGCGCCACUUCCGCAACUACGACCCGAUCACCGGCCAGAUGCGUCGCUUCACCUCCGCACGAGACCUACCCGACACGGUCGAGAAGGACGUCGACGGUCUGCAGCAAUCAACACUUGCCGACGACGAACGCAGACGCAAAGAGGAUCUGGACCUCACCAACAUCGCGCCCAAACGGCCCAACUGGGACCUCAAGCGCGACCUCGAAAAACGACUCCGCCGUCUAGAACGCGCCGACAAACAGGCGAUCCUCCUCCUCACUCGACAACGCAUUCAGGCACAACAGAAAGCUGCGGGGCUCGACGCAAAUAGCGGCGACCGCAACGAGGCGAGCGUCGCAGGCCUCAGCGCCGAAAUCGCAGCCACAGCAACUGCAGACUUCGACGCAGCCUCGGACCUCUCGCAGGACGACUCUGAAAGCGACGACGAAUGA